UGACGCAAUGAAGCAUUGCGUUUUCUUACACGCGCUCCUCUUCUUCUCCACUUACUUAGACGCUCACGAAACCGACAUCAGACCAUCUCCAGUUUGGACAUGGAUCGGCGGGAGCGCCAAAGGAUCAAAGAAAAACAUGUUUUACAACGAGUCGGUUGCUUAUCCGGGCUCUCGACGUGGUCCCUCGUCGUGGAGUGUUGGCAAUGGCGACAUGUUGAUGUUUGGUGGAGACCGACGUGACCAUGAAUUAUGGGCAUACAACAUGACGACCAACAGUUGGUCUAUUAGAGUGACCGACGUCGGGACAACGCAUCCGGGACCUCAGAUACAUGCAGUGCUGUGUGGAAGUCUGAGAACAAAUACGAUUGUUCUGAUGUCGGGGGUUGACGCGAGAGCCGCUCUGAUUGGUCGGAUGUGGCAGAAAGGGCGGGACGAAUCCGGCUGGUCGGAAGUAAAGGAUCUGAAUCCGGAUGUUUUGAAUCGCUGGGAGCCGCAGUCGUGGUGCGACUCGGACGCCGGAUUGUUGUACCUGUUUGGUGGGUAUGUCGUCGAUAGCAACCGGCAGGAACACUAUGCGCACGGCAUGUGGAAGUACGACAUCGACGAUCAUCGUUUCGAAGAAAUCCGGGUUGACCACCAUCCCGACUUUCGGUAUCACGGCACCACGUGGAUCGACGCCCAAUCUCAAUCGUUGUGGCUGAUGGGCGGACGACACAAAAACGGGUUACUCAACGAUCUAUGGCGGUUUGAUAUCAAUGAAAAUAGUUGGGAAGAAAUCCGGGCGUUGGAGGGACGGACGGGCGUGUACGGAGAGAAAGGGAUCGGAUCGGUGUCGACGCAUCCCGGUGUGCGAUUUGGUGCGUUUCGGUGGCUCGACGGAUGCGGGAACUUGUGGUUGUUUGGUGGCAACGGUUACGGUGCGCCGCUCGAUCCAUCUAUACGUUACUCGGAUCCCGGUCUAUUGAACGACUUAUGGAUGUAUUGGAGAGAUCGCGAUGUGUGGGUGUGGAUGGGAGGGGAUAAGCAUGAGGAAGGUAUGGGAACAUACGGGGAUUUCAUGGUGGCGUCUUCGGAUUACGUGCCGGGUCCUCGAAUGGACGGAGCAUCGUGGUCAACGGGUGAUGUGGCGUUUUUGUUCGGUGGGAGCGGCCAUAACGUUGAGGGGUCUGAUUCCAUCAUGAACGACGUGUGGCGGUUAGACAUGAGCGGGCAGUGCAAUUCAGUGGCUACAGGUGACGACUUUGAUAUCAAACCGACAGUCCGGACGGCUAGUAGUUCGGAUACUACGACACCAAAUAGUCCAACGGCCAUUUUGGUUACCAUGGAAACAGGGAGGGUAAUGGACGUAGAAGGAGGACAAGAUGCUAAGCCAACGAGGACUGAAGUGAGCGAACAGUUGGUUGUCAUGGCAACAGACCAUGUAGCCGCACCGGAGAGACAUGUGAUUACCGUGUUGGAUGAUACCGCCGCCGAUCGAUCGUUUAGUCGCAAACCAGCCGAACAAAAUUUACACAUUGAUAUCAAAUCAACUGCUUCAAACGCGAUCCCAUCUACGAACACCGAAGUCGAACCAAUGUCUCACUCUCCUAGUGAGUCGAUUAGACCAGAUGAUGAGCGUGCAAGUCAUCCACCAAUAUACACGCCAACGAACACAUCCAGCAGCUUUCCCGGACGUCAACUGAGUGUUAACACUCUGGUUGAUAUCAAUGAUCAACCCGGAAGUGAAUCGAUGGAGCAAGCAACUGGCUUGGUAGUCAAUCAUCUCGCUAACGAACCGACUGGAGCACCGCAGCGUGCAAGUACGGCGACUACAGAUCAAUCGGCAGUGACGUCGUUUGAUAAUGAGGGGGCUGCUCACAUGUUGAAUGCUCCACCCACACAGAUGAUGAGAAUUCCAAUAGUUAAGUCAACAGACGGCGAUCUAAGAGCACACACAUCAUUUGGGGAUGAAGGGGACACUCACAUAGGGAAGACUCCACUCACACAGAUGACGAGAAUUCCGAUAGUUAAUUCAACAGACGGCGACCUAAGAGCACAUGCAAUUAGUAGAGCGACAAACCGGAAGGACAGCGUUGCAACACAAUCCUCGGAAAUUAAACUAUCGGCGACAACGAUGACCACAACUCAAACAUCAGAGUGGAAAACCGUUGCAAUGCAUACCGAUCUCGAUGAGAAAUCAGACAUAUUGGACAAGAAACCAUUGACAGACAAACAGACAGACAUAUUGGGCGAGAAAGCAUUGACACACAAAGAGACAGACACAUUGGGUGAGAAAGCGUCGACAGACAAAGAGACAGACAUAUUUUAUGUCCACACAGAGAACACGUUGAAAUCAACAGAAAAAUUGACAAACAGAAUUGCGACAACCGAAGCUGCGAAUGGCGGGAAAUCGAUGAAGCCGUCGCGUGUAGCAAAGAUGCCGAACCUUCCGGACGAGUCACAAUAUUUCGUACAUCAUUCGAAGGUUGGAGUUCCGCCUGAAGCGAGGAGGCCCAACCUGCCAGACGAGUCGAACUUACAUCUUCCACAUCUGACCAAUCAGGCGUCGUCUUUUGGUUGGUUUGCAUCACGUGAUGCGGCCCCCUACAUCACGAUCGGUCUCGUAUUAUUUGCGAUUUUUCUCUUUAUUGUUGGCAUUUUAGUGGCUAAACCGUGUCUCAAACGGAAGGGUAAACACAAGAGAUUUAACUAUCAGAAGGUCGCAAGCGACGAUAUAAACGAGUGGCAACUAUGAGGAUAUUGACAGUCGAUGGGUAGCUGUGACAUGUAAAUGUGAGUAGUUGAUAUUAAUUAUAUAGGACUUGCCCGUUUGAAUGCUAGUUUUUUUGAAUGAAAUACGGAGAUGUAUUGCUUGUA